AAGCCCAGAAACCACUCUACCCACUGAAGUCACUCAAUAGGAGGAGUCAUAAGUUGCAGAAGCUUGACUACAGCUUUACUUUCUGCUUCCUACUCACUUCAUUGGUGUCAUUCAGUGGUGUUAGAAAUCUAGCAUAAGGAAACACUCAAUUUGCCACUUUUCUGUGGAUAUUGCACAUCACUUUUUCUCCACUUCCACAUGCUGAAAUUGUGUUUCUUCAUCUGUUUGAUAUACUGGGUGAAAUCAGAUGAGGAACAAAAAUGUCCCGAAUUUACAGAUCUUAACAUAGGCAAUGCUUUGUCUGGAACAGAACUCCAUGUUCAGCUGCUUCUAUACACAAGGGAAAAUCAAAAUUGCUCUGAGAGACUCAUUGAACACAACGUUACUGCAUCUGAGUACCUUAAUACAACCAAGAAAAUUGUCUUUGUUAUUCAUGGCUUCAGGCCAACAGGAUCUCCUCCGGCAUGGCUGGGUGACAUGAAGAAGCUUUUACUGUCUUCAGAGGAUAUUAAUCUCAUUAUAGUUGAUUGGAAUCGUGGUGCUACCACUGUGAAUUACAUAACUGCUGUGGAAAACUGCAGAAAAGUUGCAGAAAUACUGAAGAAUUAUGUUGACCAGAUGCUGGUGGAUGGAGCUUCUCUUGACUCUGUGUAUAUGAUUGGAGUCAGUCUUGGGGCUCAUAUAGCUGGUUUUGUUGGCCAGAAGUAUAAUGGCAAACUUGGCAGAAUUACAGGUCUGGAUCCAGCAGGCCCUUCAUUCACUGGAGAACCACCAGAGCAGAGACUGGAUCCUACUGAUGCACAGUUUGUGGAUGUAAUCCAUUCAGAUACUGAUGCACUAGGUUUCAAGAAGCCUUUAGGAACCAUUGAUUUCUAUCCAAAUGGAGGAAUGGAUCAGCCUGGUUGUCCAAAAACAUUUUUUAGUGGAUUACAUUAUUUUAAAUGUGACCAUCAAAGAUCUGUCUUCCUCUUCUUAUCAUCUUUGAAAACCAAGUGUGACAUAAUAACAUAUCCUUGUGACUCUUACUUGGAUUACAAGAGAGGAAAAUGUGUUGAUUGUGAUGCUUUCCAGCCAAUGUCCUGCCCAGUACUGGGUUAUCAUGCUGAUAGAUGGAAAAAACUGCUGAUACCAUAUAGUUCACCAACAAAAGCUUAUUUUGAUACCUCAGACCAAGACCCGUUCUGCAUGUAUAACUACUUUCUGGACAUUACUACCUGGAAUAAAAGCAUUAGGAGAGGUUUCAUUAAAGUUAAAAUAACAGACUAUGCUGGAAACACAGUAGAGUCACAGAUGAAUAGUGAAGCUUCAACAUUUCAGCAAUAUAAAAGAGUCAAAAUACUAACUGGAUUUCACCAAGACAUUGAAAAAAUAGCAAAAAUCUCCUUGACUUUUUCUACGAAGACGUUGAUAGGCCCAAAACACAAGCUUAGGAUUCUUCAGAUGAAGCUGAAAUCUCUCAAUAACCCAAAAAGGCUGCAGCUGUGCAGAUAUGAUUUUGUACUGAUGGAGAACACUGAACUGACCUUCAAACCUAUCCCUUGCUCUGAGAGGGGUGCAUGAAAAGAGAGCUACUACUAACCUAAUUUCUCUGAGAGCAGUGACAUUUUGAUGCUUCCUCAGGAUAAAGACUGCAAUGAGAAAGGAAAUGAGAUAAGCUAGAUUUAUUUUCAAGAAUCUACCUGAUAAUAUGCAUUACUUGCUCUGAGUGCCUUAGGCUUAAAUUAAUUGAAAAAUUCAGACAUGUAUGUGUUUGGAAAAUUAUUUGAGUAAAGUAAAUGUAUCAUGGUGGAGAACAUGCAGUGGUCUGGUCAUUACUAUUUGUUAGCAAUGAAGCAACUACUGAAUUAAAUAUGAAUUAUCUGCAUAAUCCUGGCACAUUAUUUGUCAUACAUAUAUUUAAAUAUUUAUUAUUUGUAAUGGCUUUUACAUGGAAACAUAAUGAUCUGUCUACUAAGUGAAUUUAAUAUACUGUACAUGUGAUCUACAGAUCUAAUACACAACAGUUUUGCUGUGCUGUAUUCACUGGAUAAACGAAUUCACAUUUUCUCUUUAUAUAAUAUCUCAGUGUGAGAAGUGGAACAAUAACAUUUCUGAGCACAUUUGUAAAUUUUCCAAUUUGAAUCUGUUGUCUUUAUGCUCAUCGUAGAGGAAUGCUAUUGCAGACAUUCGGAUUUUUUUUUAAAGGAGAGCUAUGGACAGGGUAGUGUUGUUUCAGAUACAAAGUAUUUCUAAAGUCUAUUCUGAGGAGAAUAACCUAGAAGUGAAAUAAAUGUACCUUCCUUUUGUU